UACAAAAAAUAAAGUGCGAGUGAGUGAGUGUGUAUCAACAAUUUGGAGAGCUACUUGGAAUAGUUCUAGGCAUAGAGUAGGUUUUUACUUUAAACAGCGUUUCAAAAGGUAGUCUGUUAUUGUUACCUGUUAAUUAAUUAAAUUUUCUUAAUAUGACAACCCUUGUACGUGUUAAAAGAAAGCAUACCGACGACCCUGUCGAAGCCCUGGUCUUGUCUUGUAAACGUGCGAAGAAGGGGCCUACCUCCAGUGGUGGAGCAAAGUCGUCUGCUUCGUCAAAAAGUGCGUCAAGUGAGGUGAAAAAUGUUUUCCGAUUUGCUGGAACUGUGGCACAAAAGGAUCAAGCUUUGCCAAAACACAUAGAGGAUGUAAUCCAACGAGGUCAAUUGCAGUAUAAAACAAAAGGAAACAUACCCGCUCAUGUUAAAGCUAAACAGCAACAAAAACAAACCAGUAUAAACAACAGGUACCGUAUGGUAGCAAAACACAGGGGGAUUUCCCUUGAAAAGCAAAAUGAGACUCUUAGUGUAUCGAACCAAGACACUGAAGCGGACAAGCCUAAGAAGGUAUCGCUGAGGAAGAAAAUUGUUAGGAGGUUGUCAACGAAAUCUGCAAACAGGGAUCACUCAGCGAGUGUUGUUAAUGCUACCGCAGGCUCGUCCAAAGAAGUUGAAGACGAGGCUCGUAGGUUGUUUAACAUUUAUGAAGUCGUACAGGAAAAUCUCGAUGACAUUUUGUCUAACAAACCAGCCAAACUUGCAUCUUUAGAUGAUGAAGAUGAUGAUGAUGAUGUCGUUAUGUGCAACAAUGUUAGGAUGCUACGAGAGAAGUUAACGAUUAGUGAUGGAGAUACCCACCGACGUGACACCGAUGAAUAUGUUUAUGAUCUUUACUAUGCAGAGAGCUCAGAUUUUGAUUUCGCUUCAGAGCAUGUUGUGCUAGGCCUGGAUCCUUACAACCUCUCCCAGCCCGUGGUGACAGAAGAGGAGGAAGAUGCUGGAUAUGGUCAGGAUGAUGAUGAGGAUAGUAACGAUGAGAAUAAUUGGAAGAAUGAUUACCCUGAUGAAGACCCGGAUUAUUUUAAUCAGAGACAUACAGAUAUGUUUGACGAAUACCUUGAUGACUACCGGUAUGGGGAGUUGUCCAGUGACGAUGAUUUCAAUGAAUACUCCGACAACAAGAGACACAUCUCCAGGAUGAUGAACUACAGCGAUGAAGUACAGAAUGGGGCAGACAGUGACUUGGAGAUGUAUGGUUAAACACAGGAACUGAUCGUUAUGCUCUGGUCUUCAGUAGGUUGGUGGUAGCUUGGACAUUAUUGUGCAAACCAAAUAAAGGUUGAAGUUUUAACCAUCUGUUUCAUCUGUAAAAGUUUCACUGAUUCUUGUUUAAGUGAUGCUUUCCUGGAAUUUAAAGUAAUUUCAGUCUCAGUAACACUACAUUUUAAGGUUAUACCAUUAAAUAUGAAAUGUUAUUCCAAAUAAAUAAA